CGUAUGCUUUGUACAUUCGUCCAGGCAUCGUGUCGUCAGAGGCAAUCUUCGAACCAUAUCCUCAUGGUCGGUCGUAUUUCUUUGACCACAACGUCAUGAAAAACGAUGCAUCCAAAGCGGAGGAGCAGACGAGACGUUCUUCCGCAACCUCUAGUGUGAAGGCUUCGACUUCUUCGGAAGAUGGUACCUCCGCACUCUCAACCGAUGACGAAAGCCUGACACCACAACAGCGGAAAGAGGUGAUGCGCCAGAAGAAGAACUGUGCGAUUAAAAUCCUGAUUACAAUUUUUCCGAGGAUUCCGAAAGUCACGAACGUCCUGCUGGAGUUCUUCGUCAAGCGACACAAUAAGCUGUCGUUGGAGCGAGACCCGCUGUCUCACUUCUGCCGGGAGCAGUGCGUGUUGGCGGCUCAGGAUUGUUUGCGCAAACUUCAUCUCCAAUACAUCACCUAUCAGGACAUCCGCGACAUGAUUGAGAACCUUGUUGGUCUUCAUUCGCUUUGUCUGAAACGGGCGCCUGACAAAGCGGAAGAGUUAGGGCUCAUGGUGCGCAAGCUCACCAUUAUCGUGGGCGAACUGGCAACGUCGCUCGAGAAGAUUUCCGAAGUCCCGGUGACUGAUUGGAUGGCCGUUGGUGAUGCUGUUGCUGUCAAGACCGAGCAGGAAUUUCCAACGCGGCAUAUAGGCUUAGCGCAUUUUAUCCCCAAGACAAGCGAUCUGGAGUGUAUCAAACUUCUGGGAGCUGGAGGCUUCGGGGUCGUCUAUAAGGCUCUGUAUAAGCCAGCGAACUUGAUCUGCGUCCUUAAGAUGGUAGCACGUGAACGAUUUCUGCGGCCUCAGCAGGCGUGCAUGGACAAGGUGGUCGCCUCUGUCGUCAAGAGUCCAUUUCUCGUCAAGUACCACGCCUGUUUUGCUACUAGGGGCGCGUACGUAUCAAUGAUGGACUACGUAGGAGGAACAGACUUCCACCGCGUCCUGGAACACACCGCUUUUCUACCUAUUGAUCAAGUACAGAUUGUGAUGGCCCAACUGACCCUGGCGGUGGAACACCUCCACCUCAAGGGGCUCGUCCACCGGGACAUAAAGAUCUCCAACAUGCUCGUGGUUCCAGGUGGCAGAGUGAAGCUCAUUGACUUGGAUACCAACAGGAUCUGCUUGGGUCACUUUACCAAACGGGCAAUGAAGGGCUACUUCCGAAGGACGCCCUUCGAGUUUCAUGACGGGGAGUGUGCCGGGACAAUUCCUUACAUGGCUCCGGAGGUUAUCAAGCGACGUCCCUACGGACGUGCGUGCGACUGGUGGUCAGCAGGUGUGGUCUUCUACAAGCUGAUGACCGGUCGCGUUCCCUUUCGAGGCAAGACGAGGACAAUCAUCCGCGACCGAAUCAUGGCGACACCCCUCAAAUGGCCCAAGACCAGUCAACACCCUCACUCUGCUACACCCGCGGCAAAGGACAUGGUGUACCUUCUGCUUCAGAAGAACCCAGUGGACCGCUUGGGCUCCAAGAAGUACCAGGACAUAAGGACCCACGCCUUCUUCGACGAAUUCGACUGGCACCGGUUGAAGGAAUCCAACGCGCUCUUUCACAUUCCCGUCGUAGGAGGGCUCACUCAGACUGAUCCAGCUUUGACCAAUUCUGAGGAAACGCAGAACAACAACGUGUCUCCUGUGGAGUCUAAAGAGUGCAAGAAGCGCAAGCUUCUACGCCUGGAAGACAUGGUGGACCUUGACCGUUCCCAGCACAUUCCUCUCUACACGUACGCUUCGCCAACGUUCAAACGCAUCGUUACUACGGUAUCGGAGACGAAUGAGCCGACGAAAGUUGCCGUGCCAGAAGGUUCCUUUUCGUCGUCUUCGGAGAUAGACUACCAGAAGACAACUGACACCGACUCUGUCUACUUCAACAGUUUCUCAGGAUCUACCAUCUCCAUUGAGGGCAAGUCUACUGACAGGGCUACUGAAAAGCUGGACCUCAUUGUUUUCCGCAAGAAAAGCUUCGGCCGCUUUUGGAGCUUUGGUGUCAACUUACAGCAGGUUAUGGGCGAGUCCGGACAGAACUACUUCAUCGUGGAGAGUAUGAAACGUGGCAGUCCAGCGCAGCGAUCUCAGAUUCUGCAGGGCGACAUUGUUGUGGCUGUGAACGGGACUAAAGUGGGUGAGCUGCCCCUGACAGUCGUGCGCCAGAUUAUGGAUUCUUCGGAGGACCAGAUGGUGCUCACAGUACUCUCGUCCAGCACAAACAGGAUAGUUAGCACAAGGCAAGACGUGUUGGCCAUUCUGCAGAGUUCUGCGCGCCAGACGAUGACCGUGGCAAUGCUGAGGUCCGGAUGCCGCCAUUCGGCUUCGUAUGGCUUCACUACCAUCGCUGCAAGGACGUGGGACCAGCAGAGCAAGGAAUUUGUCCAAGUCCAUAUCGUACAGAAAGUGAAGGACGUCCACAUACGGACGAGAGACCGUCGCCUUUUUCCCGGGGACAUCCUGACGCACGUCGACGACACUCCCCUGGAUAAGGUGACCCAGGUGGUUCUGCGCAAGUGGCUGUCCAAAGCGCGCUCGGAAUUACAAAUUACCAUCGCACUACUGUCACCACUUCGAAGAAAACGUCCCAGCUUUACCCGUCUGCAUGAGACUCUUCUGACCGACGACAGUGUGGACGAACCUUCCUGUGCUGCCGCCAUCGAGGAGGGGAUUAACGAGUGUAAUUCGCUGAAACGAUUAUCGUAAUGAGGCAGUCUGUGGCGUGGAAGAUUUUCCGAGUAGAAGGUUUAGUCUGUCGUCUGCUACCGUAGAGUCGUCUGUUACUUUCCAAACCGUGGAUGGCUGCUUCCGGUAGCGGUGUGCGGCAGUCAAUUUAUCUUUCGAUAUGUCGUUGAUAGCGUGAAGUGCACGAAUUUGUACGCUUUGUAAUGUUAGUGAUUUUGUCACGCUAUAAGAAUAUGAGUACAUAAUGUUCGCAGUGAUAAAUGGAAGAUAAAGAAUAGUAAAUAAUAUAAAUAUCCGU